AUGGAGAACGGAUUGUAUUCUGUCCCUCAGCAAGCGUCGAAAGUUUUUCGUGAAGGCAUCUUAGGGAGUCCGCGAACAAGUCAGCACCUCAUCGAUGACCUGGAGAAGUACGAUACAGUCGUUUUCGAAGGAUCUCAGGACCCCAUUGUUCCUGUUAACUGGCGAUUUGCUGAGAGUGUAUCCGCACUAAAAGCACUCGAGGCGACGUACGUCAAUGCCAUCCUCGACAAGCUCUAUGGAGUGCCUCCGCAGAAGGCUUUUAUCAACACUGACCAUGCAACCCUAUUCCUCUUGUCCAUUCCCCUCUGGUCUCUUGACCCUGAGGGUAAAAACAUAAGCUUUGUGGACAUCAGAAGCGACGCUGCGGCCAAAGAAUUUUACCUCAGCCUCUUCAAAGACUUUGACACCCACAAGUCGCUGGAAGGCGCCUACCGAUGCUGUACAUCCAAUAUCUAUAGGACGUCCGACGGUCGGUUUUUCCACCUCCACGGCUCGCUCAACCCAGAUGUUGUUCUACGAAUGCUGAAGUUUCCUCUUAUGCCACCUGGGGGUGAAGACACGUUUGAAAAGGUACUGCCUAUGUUUAGGGAAGCACUUUCGCAAUGCGAUAGCAAGAGCAUCGACGAACUAUCGAACGACGUCUUCAAGACCUCGGGGACAAUAUGCCACGACAUUAAUGGCUACCGAAGGACACUUCAUGGUAUAGCGAACUCGCAUGUUGGUCUGUGGGAGUCGUACAAAGCCAAUAAUACUCAACCUCCCUGCUGGUGGACAGAUGCAGUUGGUAAUAAGCCAAGCAACCCAUCAAGGCCCCUCGCCGGACUUAAGGUCCUCGACGCUACCCGCAUCAUCGCGGGACCUGCCGUGACCCGUGGGCUGGCAGAACUGGGAGCAACCGUUCUGCGAAUCACAUCCCCUUCUGUACCCGAUGCGACUAUAUACCACCCCGAAUUUAAUUGGGGCAAGCAAAACGCUGCCCUAGACUUUGCCAACGAGGCAGAUCGAGAGACCAUGAAAAAACUUAUUUUGGAGUGCGACGUGUUUGUCUCAAGCUAUCGGCCAGAGGUCAUGGAGAAAUGGGGUUUUGGGGCCGAUCAAAUCAUGGAAAUGUGCAAGGAUAGAUCCAAAGGGAUCAUUGUAGUGCGGCUCAAUUGCUUUGGAUGGCAUGGCCCAUUACGGUUGAGAAGUGGAUGGCAGCAGAUAUCGGAUGCGCACACCGGCGUUUCCUAUGAGUUUGGCCGCUCAAUGGGAAACGACGAACCAGUCACUCCCGUGUUCCCAAAUAGUGACUUUUGGUAUUACAAAUCCCCACCCAACCACACAAACGAAAGAGUAAGAAACACUGACUAUUGCAGCACUGGCAUUUUGGGAAUAUGCAGUGUGCUAGACGCCCUGAUUCGGAGGGGAGAGGACGGUGGGUCGUACAAGAUAAACUUGGCACUUGACUACUACAACAACUGGUUGGUCAAUGAUGUUGGCACUUACUCAGAAGAGACCUGGGACAAACUUCGCAGGCAUUACGACUCGCCUGUCUUUCGUCACGACGACCAUAUGCUAGUUCUAAUCUCGCGGGUAAUGAGCAUGCUCAAGGAUAAGUCCUCGCAUUUGUUUGAUCCAAAGUUCUUCGAAUCCCGGCCUUGUCCAAAUCUAGGCAUAUCGAUUCGGACCGUGAAGCCGGUUAUACAGUUCGAUGGAGUUGUAAAACCUGGGUUUGACAUUGGGACGAGAGGCAAUGGCGUUGAUGAAGCUCGAUGGACAUCUGAGGCUAUUGAAUCAGCUGCAAUAGAGACCUAG